AUGGAAGGAAUCAAAAGCACUUUUGCCAGGUGCAAAGAGCAGAAGCGCGCAGCUCUCGUAGCGUACACCACAGCCGGCUACCCCACCGUCGAGGAGACAGUUGACAUUCUCCUGGGGCUAGAGAAUGGAGGCGCAGAUAUCAUCGAACUGGGUAUUCCCUUCACAGAUCCCAUCGCUGAUGGCCCCACCAUUCAGAAGGCCAACACCCAGGCUCUGGCCAAUGGCGUCACCGUCACCACAGUUCUGAACAUGGUCCGUCAAGCUAGAAGCAGAGGCCUCAGGGCCCCGCUGCUUCUGAUGGGCUACUAUAACCCUGUCUUGCGGUAUGGUGAGGAGCGUAUGCUCAAGGACUGCAAGGAGGCUGGUGUCAAUGGGUUCAUCAUGGUCGAUCUUCCUCCCGAAGAGGCGGUGCGGUUCAGAGAUUUGUGUGCUAGCAAUGGUCUGUCUUACGUCCCGCUCAUCGCCCCUGCUACCUCCGAAUCCCGUAUGAAGCUGCUCUGCAAGAUUGCCGAUUCUUUCAUCUACGUCGUUUCGAGAAUGGGUGUCACCGGCGCGACGGGAAAGCUGAGCUCGAACCUACCCGAGCUCCUGAAGCGCGUUCACCAAUGGUCGGGUAAUGUGCCCGCUGCUCUGGGCUUCGGUGUCAGCACCCGUGAGCACUUCUUGAAUGUGCAGGAACUCGCCGAGGGUGUUGUCAUUGGAAGUCAGAUUAUCACCGUCCUGGGUCAGGCCCCUGCCGGUCAGGCGGCUAAGCACGCCGAGGAGUACUUGUCGAAUGUCACUGGCCGCAAGCUCGAGAGAGAUGCACAAGGUAUCCUGACUAAUGAGAUCAACGUGUUGGAGGCCGUGGAGAAGGCCCAGGCACCGGCUGUCUCGCAGCCUACCGCUGUUGUUACCGAAGCCGAUACUCCUGCCGGUCCUGGAUUGGCCGACCAGAUCGAUGCUCUCAACGGAACGGGUAACCCCGCUGCUCAGCCAUCGCGCUUCGGUGAGUUUGGUGGACAGUACGUCCCGGAGUCUCUCAUGGACUGCUUGGCGGAGCUCGAGCGCGGUUUCCAAGAAGCUGUGAAUGACCCCAAGUUCUGGGAGGAGUUCCGCUCUUACUACCCAUACAUGGGUAGACCCAGCAGCCUGCAUCUGGCCAAUCGCCUUACUGAGUAUGUAGGAGGUGCCAACAUUUGGCUCAAGCGUGAGGAUCUCAACCAUACUGGAAGUCACAAAAUCAACAACGCUCUCGGCCAGAUUCUCAUCGCUCGGAGGCUGGGCAAGACCAGAAUCAUUGCUGAAACCGGUGCUGGACAACACGGUGUCGCCACGGCCACAGUAUGUGCCAAGUUUGGCAUGAAGUGUGUUGUGUACAUGGGUGCUGAGGAUGUCCGCCGUCAAGCCCUGAACGUCUUCCGGAUGAAGCUUCUUGGAGCAUCGGUCGUGGCCGUCGAUGCCGGAAGCAGAACCCUGCGUGAUGCCGUCAACGAGGCCCUUCGUGCCUGGGUUGUUGACCUGGACACCACUCACUACAUUAUCGGUUCCGCCAUUGGGCCUCACCCCUUCCCCACCAUCGUGCGUACCUUCCAGUCCGUCAUCGGCGAGGAAACCAAGCAGCAAAUGAUGCAGGCCAUCGGCAAACUCCCCGAUGCCGUCGUCGCCUGUGUCGGCGGUGGCAGCAAUGCCGUCGGCAUGUUCUACCCCUUCGCCAAGGACACCAGCGUUAAGCUGGUCGGUGUCGAGGCUGGAGGCGACGGUAUCGACACAAACAGACACUCGGCAACCUUGACUGGCGGCAGCAAGGGUGUGCUGCACGGUGUUCGCACCUACGUCCUCCAGGACGAACACGGCCAGAUCUCCGAGACCCACUCCAUCUCCGCCGGCCUGGACUACCCCGGUGUCGGCCCGGAACUCAGCUCCUGGAAGGACAGCGACCGCGCCCGCUUCAUCGCAGCCACAGACGCCGAGGCCCUGAUCGGCUUCCGCACCCUCGCGCAAACCGAGGGUAUCAUCCCCGCCCUGGAGUCCUCGCACGCCGUCUGGGGCGCCAUGGAACUCGCCAAGUCCAUGAAGACCGGCGACAUCGUCCUGAACCUGAGCGGCAGAGGAGACAAGGACGUUCAGAGCGUCGCCGACGAACUACCCCGUCUGGGUCCCCAGAUUGGCUGGGACCUGCGGUUCUAA